CGCCGUAAUAAAUAGAAAGUAUACAUAACAUGACAACAGUGGAGUAACAUUUGCUUACCACGUUACCGGUCCAUUGAGCAUUUAGCCCAUCAGCAAGAGUUGAAAAUGGCGGCAAUGACACCACGCUUCACCGUUGGUGUAAACAAGGCAAACGGACGAAGACCUUGUAGGGAACCGGUUCCGUUUCAAGAAAUUUUACCGUUGAAGUUGAAGGACUCAGUUUCUGGAAAGGGUGACAGAACAUCAGAGGUGGCUUGUCUCCAAGACAUGGCUGUAAUGUUGGCCUGCUUCAAAAAGCAUGAUUUCAACCAAGCAUUGUGUUCAAAAGAGAUCGGUGCAUUUCAGUCAUGCUAUACAAAUUUUACGAAUGAUCAUCAACAAGCCAAAAAUAUGGAAAGUACCAUGGCUGGAACGAAAUCCAAGUUGCCAUAUAGAACCUUGAACAAAAUUUUAAAGAAGUACCCGUCUGCUUGAGUAACUUGAGGUUAAAUGUAGAGGAUUUAGGCAUUAAUAAAUCGUUCGUCCCAUUCUA